GGGAAACAAAAAUGUUUGGAAUUAUUCAACUAAAUUUAUGUAAGCUAUUCAAUAGAAAUUUGAGAAUCAAAACAAUUAACAACGGACACAAAACAUUUUCUACUAAGCCUAAACUCAAGGCAAAUGUAUUUAAAAGUGUCAUUGGACUGGAAAUUCAUGCACAGAUUCUAUCGGAAUCGAAACUUUUUAGCGGUGCAAAAAAUACAUUUGCUUCGGAAAUCAAUUCCUGUGUUGGUUUAUUAGAUGCUGGAAUUCCUGGAUGUCUACCUGUUCUUAACAAGCGAUGCGUCGAAGCUGGAGUUAAAACUGCUUUAGCACUUAGUUGUGCAAUUAAUGAAGUGAGCAUGUUUGACAGAAAGCACUAUUUUUAUUCUGAUUUGCCUUCAGGCUAUCAAAUAACCCAGCAAAGAGCUCCAUUGGCUGGAAAAGGAAGUUUAAUUUUUCCGGUUAUAACACCAGCAAAUAAUUCUAAACCUUAUUAUAAAGCAGUUCGUAUACAUCAAAUUCAGCUUGAACAAGACAGUGGAAAAUCAUUGCAUGACGAUGAGCUAAAAAUAAGUUUGAUUGAUUUAAAUCGAGCAGGCAUACCUUUAAUGGAAUUAGUGUUUGAGCCCGAUUUAGAGGAUGGAGAAGAAGCUGCUGCUUUAGUUAAAGAGUUAAUACUAAUAUUUAAUUCUAUUGAAACGUGCAGUUGUAAAAUGGAAGAGGGUGCUCUUCGUGUUGAUGCUAAUGUUUCUAUUCAUAAAGAAGGUGAACCUUUGGGCGUUAGAACGGAAAUUAAAAAUAUAGGCUCAGUCAGAGGAGUUGCUCAGGCGAUUGCUUAUGAGAUUGAAAGACAAAAAAUAGUAAAAAUUGGAGGUGGAGUAAUAAUAAAUGAAACCAGACAGUGGGAUGCUAUUUCUAAAACAACAAUUCCAAUGAGAGAUAAGGAAGUUGUACAAGAUUAUCGUUAUAUGCCUGAACCUAAUUUAUUGCCUCUUCAUUUAAACAUGAAUGGUAAUGAAUCAGACGAGCUUGUUAAUGUAAAAUCUAUCCAGAAAAGCCUUCCAGUACUACCACAAGGCUUAAGGGACGAAUUAAUUAAUAAAUAUAAACUAUCAGAGACAACUGCUAUAAUCAUUGUUAAUGAUCCUGUUCUUCAUAAAUACUUUCAAGACAUCAUUAAUUCAAAUCAAUUAAGGUCACCUAAACUUAUUACAAAUAUCCUCAUUAAUGAAUUACUUACCACAUGUAAUAAAAAUAAAACGGAUUUAGAAAAGUGUCCAAUAAGUGCCAAACAAUUGGGAGAAUUGAUAGACAUGCUUGAGAGUCACGAAUUAAGUUUAAAUUUGGCAAAACUUGUAUUGCAAGAAAUGUUUCACAACCAAAAAUCACCUCAAGUCAUAGCAACGGAGAAUGAUUGGAAGCAAAUAUCGGAUGAUAAAGAAAUUAGAAAAAUCUGUGAAAAAGUUUUAGGGUCUGAAAGUGGACAAAAAAUGCAACAACAAUAUAAAGCUGGCAAAAGUAAAAUUUUAUUGGCUAUUGCUGGAGAAAUUAAAAAUAAAACUAAUAAUAGAAUUAACAUGGCAAAAGUUAUGGACAUGCUUAAAGAAUUGUUAAAGUAAGAAUAAAAAUAUUUUUUUUAAAUAGACAAUUAAAAUUUUU